UCAGGUGGUUUUCCAGGAAGAAAAAUCGCCAUGUACCAGCCGCCUUUGCCCCCAGCGCCUGUCCAGCCUCCUCCGCCGCCGCCUCCACCCCCGCCAGAUUCGGAUGAAGGCCUUUGUCCGCCGGGAGUAAGUGAUUCCUCGCACACCUACCAAUCCAAUGAAACCCAUGCCCAGGGUUAUGCCUAUCCGGAGGCUCCAACUCUCCAUGCCACGCCCAACUACGAUCCCUACCAGCAGCAGCAGGCAGCCUAUGGAUACGAGGGAUAUGCCUACCAGGAUCCAGCGCAGAGGUUCUAUGGUCAGGAGCACGCCUACCAGUACCAGGCACCGGGAACUUCGUACCCCUACGAGGGUUACAAAUACCCAGAGCGCUAUCCGGCAUACGGAUCCAAUUACCGCCAGUCAUCCGAAAGGGAGAGGUACCACUCCUACGGCUCCAGUCAGGGAUACCACCACUAUCCCGGCUAUAACUCGGGAAAGCGGUAUGAGCAGCGACACGGCCAGGAACACCGACAUUCCCAGGAAUCUCGGCAUGGCCAUGGACACUAUGCCCACCGGACGCCAAGGGGAUCGCAUCACGGCUACUACGGAUCUGCAGCGAGGAGCGCCGGCAGCUACCGCGAGCGGGAGCGGAGCGAACCCGUGGAGAAGCCCAGGCCCAAACCCAAGGUGGAGACCGAAAGGGAUCGCCUCCUGCGGCAGUGGUGUUCCAAUUUCUGCGAGAAGCCCGAGGAUUAUGUGAAGAAGAUGAACGCGCUGAGCGAGGCGGAUGCUCCUGCCGAGUCGUGGGUGCGAUCCUCGCCAGCCGAUCCCUACUACGAGCGCAGCGAGAACGAGAUCAAGGGUCGCGUGCGGCUGCAGAAGCUGUGCCAGCUGUUCGACGAGGAGCUGCUGCACCGAGCGGAGCGGGUGCGCCAGAAGCUGCCCGUUUACGUGCCGCCGCCGAGGAAGGCGCGUCGGCGUGUCUGCAAGCACAAGCACAAGUCGGAGGCCUGCUCCUCGUCCUCCUCCUCCGACGAGGACUCCGAUGACGACGCCUUCAAGAUCGAGCAGGACUGCUGCAUGGAGGAGUUGUCGCGCAAGGUGCAGCAUCCGCAGCGGGUGCACGCAGAUCUGUGGCACAACGACGCCGGUGAGAUGAACGACGGUCCGCUAUGUCGCUGCUCGGCCAAAUCUCGACGCAUUGGCAUCCGGCAUGGCAUCUAUCCGGGUGAAACCGGUUACAAGCUGUGCGACCCGAACAGCAACAAUGCCGGCAAGCUCUUCCACUACCGGAUCAGCAUCUCGCCGCCCACAAACUUCCUGACCAAGACGCCCACCAUCAUCAAGCACGACGAGCACGAAUUCCUCUUCGAGGGCUUCUCGCUGCUCUCGCACGUGCGCCUCAGCGAUCUGCCCGUGUGCAAGGUGAUCCGUUUCAACAUCGAGUAUACCAUUGAGUACGAGGAGGAGAAGAUGCCGGAGAACUUUACGAUCCACGAGCUGGAUCUAUUUUUUAAAUAUCUGUUCCACGAGCUGCUUGAGCUGGUGGACUUCAAUCUGAUGCCUAAUCUGGUGUCAGACAGCGCUGAGGAAUCCUGCCCGGCCUUCCACUUCCUACCCCGCUUCGUUCGCGAUCUUCCGGAUAAUGGAAAGGAGGUUCUGGCCAUGGUCGAAGUGCUUCGCUACCUGCUGGACAACUCCGCUGAGCUGGUGGAACGGCAGCAGCUGCUGCACCUGAACCAGAUCAGUCAGAGCGAGUGGCAGAACUACGUGGACUUCAUCAAGGGAAUGCUGGUCACGAAGCCGGGUCACAAGCCGUGCUCGCUGCGCGUCGAUCAGCUGGACAGGAACAACUCCGAUCUGCCCGAGUGCGUGGAUCGUGAGUCGGGAAUCUCGCAUCCGGCGAUUGUGCACUUUGGCAUUCGUCCGCCGCAGCUGAGCUACGCCGGCAAUCCGGAGUACCAGAAGGCGUGGCGGGAGUAUGUCAAGUUCCGCCACCUGAUGGCCAACAUGUCGAAGCCCUCGUUCAAGGACAAGCGCAAGCUGGAGGAGAAGGAGCAGCGACUGCAGGAGAUGCGUACGCAGGGGCGCAUGAAGCGCAACAUCACGGUGGCCAUCAGCUCGGAGGGUUUCUAUCGCACGGGCAUUAUGUGCGAUGUGGUGCAGCACGCCAUGCUGGUUCCCGUGCUAACCGGCCACCUCCGCUUCCACAAGUCACUCGAUCUGCUGGAGGAGAGCAUCGGGUAUAGCUUCAAAAAUCGCUAUCUGCUCCAGUUGGCGCUGACGCAUCCCUCGUACAAGGAGAACUACGGCACGAAUCCGGAUCAUGCCCGCAACUCGCUGACCAACUGCGGCAUUCGACAGCCGGAGUACGGCGAUCGCAAGAUCCACUACAUGAACACCCGCAAGCGGGGCAUCAACACGUUGGUGAGCAUCAUGUCGCGAUUUGGCAAGGAUCACGAAACCGUUUCGAAUAUCACGCACAACGAGCGGCUGGAGUUCCUCGGCGAUGCUGUGGUGGAGUUCCUGAGUUCCAUCCAUCUGUUCUUCAUGUUCCCGGAGCUGGAGGAGGGUGGUCUGGCCACUUACCGGGCAGCCAUUGUCCAGAACCAACACCUAGCCCUGCUGGCCAAGAAGCUGCAGUUGGAGGAGUUUAUGCUGUAUGCUCACGGAUCCGAUUUGUGCCACGAGCUGGAGCUGCGCCAUGCCAUGGCCAAUUGUUUUGAGGCCCUCAUGGGUGCCCUGCUCCUGGAUGGUGGAAUCAAGGUGGCGGAUGAGGUGUUCACCGAUGCGCUCUUCCGGCAGGACGACAAGCUUCUGAAUAUCUGGAAGAAUCUGCCGGAGCAUCCGCUGCAGGAACAAGAGCCACUGGGCGAUCGCAACUGCAUUGGCAACUAUCGGGUGCUGAAGGAGCUGACCAAGUUCGAGGACUCCAUCGGCAUCAAGUUCAAACACAUUCGUCUCCUGGCCCGCGCGUUUACCGAUCGCUCCAUUGGCUUCACCCACUUGACUUUGGGCUCCAAUCAGCGUUUGGAGUUCCUGGGCGACACAGUUCUGCAGUUGAUUUGCUCGGAGUAUCUGUAUCGCCACUUUCCUGAGCAUCACGAGGGCCACUUGUCCCUGCUGCGUUCCUCGCUGGUUAAUAACCGCACACAGGCGGUGGUCUGCGAUGACUUGGGGAUGCCCAAGUAUGCGGUCUAUGCCAAUCCCAAGGCGGAUUUAAAGACCAAGGAUCGUGCCGAUCUGCUGGAGGCCUUCCUGGGCGCCUUGUACGUGGACAAGGGUUUGCUGUACUGCGAGCAGUUCUGCCACGUCUGCUUGUUCCCGCGCCUGCAGCUCUUCAUCAUGAACCAGGACUGGAACGAUCCCAAGUCCAAGCUGCAGCAGUGCUGUCUCACCCUGCGCACCAUGGAUGGCGGCGAACCGGACAUUCCCUACUACAAGGUUGUGGAGGCCAGUGGUCCAACCAAUACGCGGGUCUACAAGGUGGCCGUGUACUUCCGCUCAAAGCGACUGGCCACCUCCAGUGGCUCCUCCAUUCAGCAGGCGGAAAUGAAUGCGGCCAAGCAGGCACUGGAGAACUCAAGGGACCUUUUCCCGCAGCUGGAUCACCAGAAACGUGUCAUCGCGAAGAGCAUCAAGAAGCAAACGGGCAACGAGCUGGACAACGAGGGUGAUCGACAGCAGCAGGACGAGAAGGUCAAGCGGCCCAAGUACGCAGCUCCGCUGCAGGAUGAGAGUCAUCUGCCCAAGCAAUAUCGCAUGCACGAGAACAUCUCCAGCGAUGAGUUGCCGGAAGAUGAUGACUUCGAAAGCACAGCUCCCAAGAGUCCAACAAUGCCCUUAAAACUGAACCGGAGUGGCAAUAGCAGCAGCAGCAGCAGCGAUAGCGAUGCCUCCAGCUCAUCUCCCAAGCGCCAACGGCGCAUCAGAAAGAGUUCUUCGGUCUCGUCCCUUACUUCAUUGGGAUAAUCUGACGAUAGUGGAACAUUUUUAGUAAAAA